UGCCAUCAUAAUGUACGGAAACAGCAAACUCACGUCAACCCAACUCCGCCUGCGAGACGAAGCAGUCUUUCUCUAUGCACAGCCCUGGGGGGGGGGGGGAUCCUCCAUGCAGUCGGGUCGAACAGGCGACUCGCAUGCGACAUGCCCUUGGCCGCCGCCUUAUCGCGUGGCACUCUCUGGGCGGGUGCCGUUGGUGGGUGUGGCAGCACUUGCAGGCUGCAUCUUAGGUUCUCUCUCGUAGAGAAAAUAUUCCGCGAUCCCCAGUAUCCGUACGCGAUUUCGACCACGGCCGUGCUUCUUUACCCGUCGGCGUCAAGUUUAUGCCACGGCCCCCUUUGCGAGCCAUGCUCCCUCCUCGCUGGUGUACGGAGUAGCUGCUUUUCCUUUUACCCCUCAUCUCUCGCCCUGGUAUCCCUUCCCUUCUCUUUUUGCUCGCUCACCCGCCAAAUUCCAAGUGACAAUGUCAUGAAUGCCCGAACCCGGAAGUGCGGACAAAAUUCAUGCGGAGGGCAAGCCAACCUGGUCAUGGAAAACCCGGGAACCCACAACUGUGAGCAACGAACACUGAGCAGUGUGGGAACUGCAGUAGCUGGACUUAAGGGAGAGGAGCCGGUAGCCGUAAGGUUUAAUUAA